GCCCUCUUCCUCGCGCAUGAGCAGGGGGCUGGUGUUACCUCGUCUAUUAUGCUGCUUCGCUGAAAUAAAAGAGCAGCUAGGACGACUUCAAGCGAAACGCUGUUGGAGCCGCAGAGGGGGAAAAAAACAUACCAGAUCAGCCCUGAAAUGGGAUAUCGGUCCCCCAAAGAGAGUGAAGACCAGAAACAGGAACAUCGUACCCACUGAAGACACAGAAUAGCCACAGACGAGGAGAGCAUUCGAGAGUCCGCUCCCCCCUCCCCUCACCGCCAUGUCUGCAGUCCCCUCGGCAAUCCAGACCCCGCCUCCGGGUGUCAACCCGCCUCCACCCGAAGUCACCAAUCCCAACAAACCUGGCAGGAAGACCAACCAGCUGCAGUACAUGCAGAACGUGGUGGUGAAGACACUUUGGAAGCACCAGUUUGCGUGGCCCUUCUAUCAGCCCGUUGACGCCAUCAAAUUAAGUCUUCCAGACUACCACAAAAUAAUCAAGAACCCAAUGGAUAUGGGAACCAUCAAGAAGAGGCUGGAGAACAGCUACUACUGGAGUGCCAGCGAGUGCAUGCAGGACUUCAACACCAUGUUUACCAACUGUUACAUCUACAAUAAGCCCACAGAUGACAUCGUCUUGAUGGCCCAAGCCCUGGAAAAGAUCUUCCUGCAGAAGGUAGCUCAGAUGCCUCAGGAAGAGGUGGAGCUAUUACCGCCUGCCCCCAAACACAAAGGACGCAAGCCCGUAGGGGAGCCUGGCAUAGGGGGACAGCAGGUGCUGGCCGUCAGCUCAGCGUCCCCACCAGCGUCCUUCCCCAGUACGCCCACCACGCAGGUCACACAGACCCCCGUCAUUGCGGCCACACCCGUACCUGCCAUCACCCCCAACGUAGCCCCGGUCCCGGCCGCGCCACCCUCCGCCCCCAUGAUACCCGUCGUCUCCACCGCACAGCCUGUCGUCAAGAGGAAGGGAGUGAAGAGAAAGGCAGACACCACGACUCCCACCACCUCCGCCAUCACGGCCAGCAGAAGCGAGUCACCCACCCCUCUCCUGGAACCGAAACAGGGCAAGGUGGUGUCCCGGCGGGAGAGUACGGGGCGGCCCAUCAAGCCUCCCAAAAAAGACCUGGAGGAUGGCGAGGUCCCUCAACAUGCAGGCAAGAAGGGCAAGCUGAGUGAGCACCUCAAGUACUGUGACAGCAUCUUGAAGGAGAUGCUCUCCAAGAAGCACGCAGCCUACGCCUGGCCCUUCUAUAAGCCCGUGGAUGCAGAAGCCCUGGAACUGCACGACUACCACGAAAUAAUCAAGCACCCCAUGGAUCUGAGCACCGUAAAAAAAAAGAUGGACAGCCGCGACUACCAGGACGCCCAGAGCUUCGCAGCUGAUAUUCGGUUAAUGUUCUCAAAUUGUUACAAGUACAACCCGCCUGAUCAUGAGGUGGUGGCUAUGGCUCGCAAGCUGCAGGACGUCUUCGAGAUGCGCUUCGCCAAGAUGCCGGAUGAGCCGGCCGAGUUGGCCCCGCCCACGGCCCCGCCCACCUCAGCUGUAGUCAGCAAGAGCACAGAGAGCAGCGAGAGCAGCGGUGACACGUCCAGCUCGGACAGCUCCGACUCGGAGGAGGAGCGUGCCACACGGCUCGCCGAGCUGCAGGAACAGGUGGGUUCGGAACAGCCAUUCUCUGUGGAGCACCCCAAUGGUAACAGGGCGGGGGAAAAAAACGGGUGUGCCAAACAUUUUCAGCUGAAGGCCGUCCACGAGCAGCUAGCCGCUCUGUCUCAGGCGCCGGUAAGUAAACCAAAGAAAAAGAAGGAGAAGAAGGAAAAGGAGAAAGACAAGAAGAAGAAGGACAAGGAGAAAGAGAAAGACAAGCACAGCAAGGCCAAGCCGGAGGACGAGAAGAAACCGAAGUCCGUGCCGCCCGCCAAGAUGGCGCAGCAGAAGAAAGCCCCAGCAAGGAAAGCGAACAGCACGGUCACGGCCAGCAGGCAACCGAAGAAGGGUGGCAAGCCGGCGGCGGCGGGGGGCUACGAGUCUGACGAGGAGGACUCGCUGCCCAUGACAUACGACGAGAAGCGUCAGCUCAGCCUGGACAUCAACAGGCUGCCGGGUGAGAAGCUGGGCCGCGUCGUGCACAUCAUCCAGUCACGCGAGCCGUCGCUGCGAGACUCCAACCCCGACGAGAUCGAGAUCGACUUCGAGACGCUCAAGCCCUCCACCCUGCGCGAGCUUGAGCGAUACGUCAAGUCCUGUUUACAGAAGAAGCAGCGGAAACCUUUACCGGGCACAGGGAAAAAGAGUGCCAAGUCUAAGGAGGAACUGGCUCAGGAAAAGAAGAAAGAGUUAGAAAAGAGACUGCAGGACGUGAGCGGACAGCUGAACAACAACAAGAAACCGCCCAAAAAAGCAGAGAAGGCGGGCUCAGCGCAGGCCGGGGGCCCUUCCCGCCUCAGCGGCAGUAGCAGCUCCUCCGACUCGGGCAGCAGCUCGUCCAGCGGCUCCAGUUCAGACAGCAGUGACUCCGACUGAACCCGGCACGGUGUGGCGUGGCCCACACACAGGACUGCCCUUCCUCCUCUCCCCCCCCUUCCUUCUGGUUGCUAUUUUUUUUUUCCGUUCGUUUUUAAGGCCAGCCGUCAUACGUGCUCACGGUCGUUACCCCCUCUCCCCCCGUAUCACUCAGUCACAAACAAAAAGCUCUACUGAGGCAGACAAACGUCUAAGAUUCCUCCUUAUUUUACCCCUGAAGAUCUCCAAUAUAUGGAAAGAAAAUGGGUGUGUUUUGUUUUUUAAAGUGGAUGGAUGACAAGAGGUUUUUAAAUGGAUGAGAAAGGGCUCAGGCAUCUCAUGUGCAGUGUGGAAUAUCCAUGCCUGACCCUGUGGAGGGUGGCCACGCUGUCAGGGCCCCCCCCCCAGCGGGAAUGCCUCCUGUCUUUUGAGUUUUAUUUUUAUUCCCCCCUCUCGUGCUCCUCCAUCGUUCGAUCUCCAGACCCUCUCCACAUUCCACAGCAUCUGCCUACAUGUAUAUUUAUAUAUAAGUAAAUAUAUCUACUCUGUCUACAUUUUUUUUUUUAAUUUAUUUGAAUUUAUUGUGUAAUAUGCAUUGAAAACCAAAAUGCAUGUUGCUUUUAAUCAGCCGUUUUUUAAAGCACAUGUAAAAAUUGGAUAGCAAAGAAUGAUAGGUACUUCCCCAAAUACACUAAUUCAGUUGCCUUGUCUAGAUGUGAGCUGCGAGUCCACAGAAGCGAUACUGGUGUCCUGCAUAUGUGUUUCUCUGUGCUGGCCACGUAUCGAGAGGGAUUUGGAAAGCGACUAUUGUGUAAUUUUUUUUUUUUUUUUUAAUUCAUUCUCCUGGAUCAUUUAGAGUAAUUUUGUUUUUGUUUAUCUCUUCGUUUUUCCUUUUUAGCCCUUUAUAGUGUUUCAAAAAACAUUUGGUGAGUUUUGUAAUUCAGCUGCAUGUCUUUCUAAAUACGAAAAUUAGCUACGCGGAUGGUGUGCGUAUCUCAUCCCUAUUGGUUUAUAUGAUGGUAGUGUCUCAUAGCUUUCUGUAGUCCAUUCCAUAGGACAAUCAAGGGAGGGUGCAGUGGGGGUGGGCUGGGAGUUGGGGCUUUUCAAGGCCAAAAUUGGGUGGUUUACACUUUAAAAAAGUAUAUUUAUAUUGACAUUAGAUGCAGUUGUGGCAUUAAUUUUUGUGUUCAGGCAUUUUAGUUACUACCAUUUUGACAGCUCGUUCGACUCAUCCGUGUGUGACUUAAAUUCAUUCACUUGUGUUUACCAUUAUGUCUGAAUGUCUUUCGAUACACUGUAGCCCAUGCCAGAUACGCAGUUGGGGGGCUAUUAAGAGGUGACAUAAUGCAACUUUUGGAAGUUUUGUAGCCCAAAAAUCUCCUCGGUCUGCUUUACAAUACUGAAAAGUUUCAGUAGUCGUUCUCAGACAUGCCUUUUACUCAAUGUUGUGACGGGUGAUCAUUACAGAAUCGGUCGUGUGAAUCACGUGAUGUAAACAAAAAUGGGUGAUUACACUGGGCUCAUGACAAAGCAAUAAAUGUAGUAGAGAAAAUGCAGUAUUAAUAUUUCAGCCAUAAAUAUCAGUACAUUAACUGGACAUUUAGGCCUCAAACUAAUAUUGUUGAAUUUGGGUAAUACUUUACUUAAUAAAAAUACCGAUUCAAAGCCCCCCCCCCCCCCCAUGCCCAAUGCACACAUCUGUAACGGAUACCAAGUCUUUCCCUGAUUAUGACAGGGACUGUUUUAUUCCCUGCCACCCCCCCCCCCUUAGUUUGGAUUAUAUCCCUAUUAAACAUGAGAUGCACUGAUUAAAACACUAUACUCAAGUUCAGAGUUGAAAAUAGUCUCCUGAACAUGUAUUUCAUUUCCUUUCCGUUUCAUGCCGUCUUCGUUAGAAUCCUGAACUGCAGGUGUUAACAGGACAAAAUCAGCAAGUCUUCCUCUCCUGGGUGGGGUAUUGCUUUCCGAAUGUAUUCAUUUAUCCUUAUUUUGAUAUUUUAUAUUGAUAGCCCUCAUUGUGACUGGACUACCCUAUUCCAUACCCAUGCGUUUUUUUUUUUUUGUUUUUUUUACAUUUUUUGUUACUAAUCUGAAAUGGAAAUCUUUAAGGAGGCAAGAUGUCAAUGGUUAAUUAUUGUGGUGGCAUUUCUUUUUCUGGCAGUACUAAUUUUCAAACUCCUCACCCUUCUUGCAGUGCUGCAAGGAUUCAAGGAUUGAGCUCCAGUUAAAAACCAUGAUAGGUUUUCCUGAGUGAUGUCACUAGAGUUUAAAGACUGAAAAUAAGUAUAUAUAAAUAUAUAUUCACCACUUAUUAGUUCAUUUUUUAGGCCCUGGUCAAGAUAUAAUAGUUCUUUUUAUAUUUAAAAAUAAAAAAAAAAUAAUAAUAAAAAAAGUUUUUAUGUAUGUGCAUGCAGGAAUAUUGUAACUUUUCUUAUACCUUUUUUGAGCUGUUUAUAGUAUCUUCCUGUAAAUGUCAGUCAUUGAGAAAAUCGAGGAUUCAAUGUAAGUAGUUUUAGGCUUGUUUAUUG